UCUCAGUUGUUUAUACAGAAGGUGGAAUUCCCUUGAGAUAGGGGAAAGUAAUAAAGAGCUGUAUUCAGUGAUUGGUUACUAUAAAACGUUGCAAUAUGUUAAUACAUGGUCAAUAAUAAUUUCCCUGGGCCUUUGCCUUUUUUCGUACUGACUGCAAGGGGAAACACCAGUUCAGGAUUCAGAAUUUCUUAACCCAUUCCCUUGGAUAGACAAAAUGGAAAUUUGAAAUAUAAUCGUGCGCAAAGACACUAUCUCAGUUUGAAUGAAAAGUGUAGCGUCUGAGCUGUGAUUGAAAACAAGAAUAGUACAUACAGUGAACGUUUCAGAGAGGUACCUGAAAAAAGUAAAAACAAAUCUGGCAGGUCCAGUUCAUGCUUACAUUAGAGAAGAGGUUGUGAAAAGGGGCCUUUAUAAGAUUUCUGAAGACUUAGCAGUGUUAGUAUGUAUGUAGCUGGAAGAUUAAGUACACAUGAACAGUGUGAGGCAUGUAGUAAUGCAUUUCUUGGAGAUGGUUUUGUGAAUUCAUGGAGGAAGAGCCACAAUGCAAACAAUGUGGGUGUGGGAAAUUAGAUGAAUACUCAAGCACCUAUUUAGGGGAAUUGAGCAGAGAGGCGACGUUCCGAGAGGGAAUGGAUGGGGAGCUGAAGGAAGGAGGGAGCCAGGAGAGGGAGUGAGUGAUCGGAGAGAGGAGGUGGGUAGAGCUCGCCAUCAGAUACACUCAGACAUGCGCAAACCAUCAACCAGCUAAUUUGGUAUUGCAGUGGAUUUUUUUUGGGGGGGGGGGAUCAACUUUUUGCCCUUGUUCUGCUGUCCUUCCCCUCGUCAUCGUCACUGUAUAAAGAAUGGCUCCGAGGCUUCUGGGAAAUGGCCGGAAAACCACUUCUCCAAGGAAUGACUCACGAAGAGUGGAUACUGGGGAAAAAACACUGCUCUUCUGGGGACGUUUGACAUUUAACUUCAUGUGAAAGGAGCGCUUCUUGAGCCAGUAGGGUAUAGACAGAUGCAUCCUCUCUGAACCUCUCAUCCAUCCCCUCAUAGCCGCCAUCUGACAGAUACCUUUGGCAGAUAUCGCCUGUCAGUUUUCAGGACUUUAGUUGGAAGCUGUGUACUGGAUGUUGCUCUUGUGUUGCGAACCAUGGAGGUGAAGGCAGACAGUCCUCUCUCCCCCCAAACACAUGUGUAUGGACAUGGAAUGCACAGAUGCCUCUCCUCCCAGCUGUGACCCUGUUUACACUCAAUCACUGUAGAUACCCUGCUCGUGUGGACUUCAGUAUGUCGAAAGUAUAACGAAAAACGGACUUUCAUAUUUUUGUUCUUCUUCUCUCUAGUUAAAGAUUUGCAUGAGAUUUUUGUUGUAUGAUAUUGCCUCAUGAAAGUGUCCAUCUUUUUUUUGAGUGAUCAUUUCUUAUAGACUGAGGAAGGAUUCUCCUGUGCCUCAAAGAGACAGAGACAGAGAGAGAGAGAGAGUGAAAAAAACAGAGGGAGACAGAACUUUCUGCCUCUCAACCCCUCCAGGCCUCUCCCUCUCCCCCCCACUUACCGACCGUGUGGGGGGGGGGAGUGCCAAACUCAGGAGUGAAAGUUUUGUUUUUUGAGGUGAGCGAGCAAAGCAAAGCAAGCAAAUCUUCCGGGGGCACCUCAGCCAUGGAUGCCGGAGGUCAGGGCAGCCCCGAGAGCCCGAACCGGGCUGUCGAGUACCUCCUGGAGCUCAACAACAUCAUCGAGAGCCAGCAGAAGCUUCUGGAGACCCAGCGGCGGCGCAUCGAGGAGCUGGAGGUCCAACUGGACCGCCUCAGCCAGGAGAACAAGGACCUCAAGCUGGACCGACAGCCCUGCGUGCCCGACAGCAUCAGCAUCGGCAUCGGCGCCGGCCCGGUCGCGGGCCACGUCAGCCACGUCGGCCACGUCAGCCACGUCAGUCACGUCAGUCACGUGGGCCAGCCGCCGCCGCCCGUGCCCGUCCACCCCAUCCAUCCCAUCCAGGCGUCCCACAACAGCAGCGUGCCCAUCCCGGCGCCGCCGCCGCCCCCGCCUCCGGUGCCACCGCGCGACCGCCGGACCCACACCGUCCUGAGCCGGGUGGUGGUGCCCCAGGGCUCCACCGUGGCCGUGGAGAGGGAGAGACUGCAGCGCAACGACUCCUCCUCCGGCACCGGCUCGGCCACCACUCUGCACAGACAGCCAGAUGGAGACUCCAACAAGGGCAGGUCACCACCUAAUUCCACCUGUACUACUACUACUACUACUUCUACUACUCGUUGCAAUGCUACUACCACCACAACUACUUCUACUGCUCCUCCUCCUCCUCCUUCUGCUACUACUUCCUCCCUCCACACCAGUCUGACCGCUAACAGCCACUCGACCCACCAUCAGUACUGCUGCCCAUCGCGGCUCCUUCUGCCCAAGCCGCCAUGUGCCCUCCCCCCAGCCAGGCCCUCGGAGCAGGCAAGAGAGGAGGACGAUGACGACAUCGCCCAUCAGUUCUGUUGCCCUGCCUCAGAGUGCAGCAGCCCCUCCUCUAGUGUGGAGGGGGACCCACAGUGUGCAGAGACAGGUAGCUUCUCCGACGGCGCUGGCAGUCAGGCCCCGUACCUGGGCACGUCGGAGCGCUACGGCAAGCCCGGCAUCGGUGGCGUGGGCCCCCAGGGGCCUCCGGUGGCCCCUCCGAGCCCCACCAGCCUGGCCUGGGCCCAACACACGCGGCACCAGCCCGCCAGCCUGGCCCUGCGCAAGCAGGAGGAGGAGGAGAACAAGCGCUGCAAGGCCCUCUCCGACAGCUAUGAGCUCUCUACAGACCUGCAGGACAAGAAGCCGGGCUAUAUUGUCCCUCCCGAGCCGCGAGUGCCCCAUAAAGACAAAUGA